GUGUGAACCUACCUUAAGUGUGAGCAGGGUGAUGGAGAUGAAAAAACAAUUGUCAAAGUUGUUUUUCAUCAUUUGGUGGAACAAAAAAUGAGUUCCAUAUAAAAUAGUGGGAGUUUUUUAAUAUUCUUACAAAUGUAAAAGCGAAUUUCUAUGGAUAAACAGUGUUUGGAUACAUAUCAGAGCUGGAAGUGAUGUUGAUGAUGCGUUUGAUGGAACAAUUAACCUCACUUUUGUUAAGAGACAAAGAGACAGGGUAUAAUCAAGUAUUUUGACCAAAUUUAUUCAGGGAAAUACGGAAUUUAAUGGUGUAAAAAAAUGAGAGAUGCGCUUUAAGGGAUUGUUGCUGUUCCUGAUUUGCUUGGUUGGUACUAGUGUUGUUUUUAUUGGGUUCAGCUAUCAGCGACCUUCCAUUCAAACUUUGGUAACGGAGACGCAUAAACAAUUGCGAAGCUUCCAGGAAAACUUGAAAGAUGUGGAGGAAAAAAGGCUAGUGACAGACUCCAAGUACCUCGCCCUACUUGGUCUCGAUAGUCAACCAAGCACCCCAUCCUUACUGUCAAAACCUCAAAAUGUGACCAUCGUAACACUAUUACGGCCAGGAAAUGAGAUUAAUAUUUACGGAUUUAUAAAAAAUGUAUCGCACUUUUUACCAACGAAUAAUAUUGCUAUUUACGGAGUGGGGCUGAACGAUGAUACGAUGCUGAAUCUGCGAGCAAUAUGUAAUUCAAGCAGAUGCUGUGUUAUACCGUUCGACUUGGCGCCAUUUCCCAAUCACGCUGAAGAUGAUAGACUUCAUGUCUACCGACCUCUAGUCAUACAGACAGCUUUAAAUACUCUAGGAAAUAUAUUGUACAUGGACUCAAACGUGAGGAUAAACAAUUCCGAUGUAUCGAAGUACCUUUUACCACUCUCUGGGAUACUCACGUGGCCAACGAAGCAUGCGAUAAGCUCACUGACACAUCCUAAGAUGUACGAAUAUUUUCAUGCAUCUUCGGACAGUUUUUUCUUUCUUCCUUUGAUAAGAGCUUCACACUUAGUCAUUAGAAAUACUAAAGAAAUCAGGGAGAAUGUCAUGCUACCCUGGGUACAAUGUGCCCUAACGAGAGAUUGCAUUUGUCCUAUAGGUGCACAAUCCUUUGGCUGCAGGUUCAAUAAAAAGCCCCAGUACCGCUACUCCGGCUGUCACUCGUACGACACAUCAGCCCUUAACAUUGUCCUAGGUCUCUAUUUCAAUUACGACGAUUCACGCUAUAUAAUCACCGACAGGGAGUCUUACUUCACAAAAAUGCAGUCAGACGAAAUCAACGACGAGUACCUGACGAUUGCAAGGCAGAACAAUAGCACAGAGGCUAAUCCCAGAAACUUAAUGCUAAUAGAUCCAUGAAUUAGCAGUAUUUAGGUUGAAGGAAUUCCUUAAAAACAAAUCAUGUGAUAAGCUGGCACAAUUGUACUUAAAUAAAGUCUUCGAUGAACAAUCAAACCGUUGGAUAAAAGAUCAUUUAUAAUCAAUUAACAGUUAUUGAACAAGUAAUUAAUUACACAUGUUCUGCAAAUAAAGCAAUACAUCGACAUCAAAGGAAAUCCAAUUUUAACUCAGGAUUAAUAACAAUCAUAUUAUUUUCAAAUGCCUUUACCAAAA